UAGUAGAAAGCAUAAUUCUCUUGCUGUGGAACUUUAAACGCCAUCUAUGCAUAUGUCUCUGCAUUUUGUUGUGAUUUUAGAGAUUCAUCAAAGAUGGGCUUUUAUUGUUUUGGUAUAUACGGACUGGUUGUCAAAGAAUAUUUUAAAAUGGUUUUGAUUAGGCUUAAAUUAAAUUCAUGCAUGGGACAAUCAUCUGAGGUAUUUGAACAAAUACUUCACAUGGGUCUUCUGAUGGGAAGCAUCUUGGUUAUUAUGUUUUCUUGUUUCACAUCUAGUAGCACUUCAAAACCUGAUUACUGCUUUCAGCUAAAAGAUUCAGAUAAUUAGAGACCAGUGUGUCUAUGGGAAGAAAAUUUUUGUAUUAAAAUGUAUUAUACUUUGAUUAUUCACAUAAACUUAUAACAUAAUGCUAAUUAUACAAUACUGUACCUCAUCAGAGAAGUUAAUUAGUUUUAAAUUGAUACAGGUGAAGCAGAGUGUUAUGUUCUUGAGCUUACUUUGAGGACAAGCCAACAGAGUGGAAAAUGGUUGCAGAUGACGUUCUCUGUGGAAUUUGUUUUCCUUGAACAUAUUUCCCAUUGUCAAAUGGUAACCUUUUUUAUAUUGUUGCUAGUGUCUUUGAAUAAAUUUGUCCUCCUUGAAAUUCUGAUUUAUAUUACAUUGUUAGGAGCAGCCAUUUGUUCAAUCUUUGAAAUGUAAAAUGAUCUUGAAGCAUCCUAUGAGAUCUACUAAAUUGAAAUUAUUUGUAUAAUCUUUUUCUUAACUCAGUUAGCUGAUGACAUGCGAUUGUCAUUUCUUGAGGGUUUUUUUCCUCAAAACUGCUGGAUUUUUUAAACACAAUUAUACUUGUUGGUUUGUUAAUCCUGUGAGUCAAUCUAUGCUGAACAAGAAGCUUAUCUGAAACCCUUGGCAGCUUCAGUGAAAAUUAAAAAGCAUGCUUUACUACAGAGAUUGUCAAGAGUGAAAAUAAUAUUUGUCCAGUUGGACAGCUUGCUUUUGUAGUCACUAAAUGAAAGUUGAGAUUCUGUCUCUUCCUUGAAAGCUUCUGUGUCAAGAAGGUAAUUUGGACUGUUUGUGGUUUGACAGGGAUUAUUAAAAUCAGAUGAAGUGAAGGGAAGAAAGUGUGAGAAAGCAAAAUUGACAGUGACACACUAUUAUUUGCAGCUUGGAUCAUGAUGACUACAUUGAUAUGAUAGAUUCUAAAUGUUAGUUUCACUGUGGAGAUAUAUUAACCAGCAAAUACAGUAAAAUGCAGUUAGAGAUUAUUUUUCUGUCUUAAGAGGACACCAUCCGACAUUUAUUUUCACUGGGAAGUUUGGGAGGGGAAGUGUAGCAGAAAAUGAAAGAUUAGAGAGGGAAACAGAAGGGAAAAGGGAGUGAUUCAGAAAGAGCUUAAUUGUUUCCUCUGUGAUUUCAUUUAUCUUUGUUGUGGUUUUUUUUUUUUUUUUUGGAGUUUAUUCAGCUUGUUGGUAUACUUCAGAGAGAGAACAAAACUGAGAAUUAAGAAUUGGUGGAAUGGGCCAUGGGCCAUGAAGUUUCUUUUUGCAUUGACUUGAAUUUGAUUCUAAAAAUGGAAUGGGGAGGAGAGUAUUCUUUUGAUUCUUCCAAUUUAGACUGUUUGUUAGAUGUCCUCCCUGGAGAAUUGGAAUUUCGACAAAUCCUUAGUGAUCUUGAUGAAAAAAUAAAGAAGAACUCUUCCAGCAUAGAAAAGUGUCUUAAGGACCUGCAAUCGGAUGUAAAUGAAAUAUGUACUGAUGAAGUACUACAAAGCACAACUGACUGCAUUCAGUGGCUAAAUAACUGCAAUUUUAGUUCUCUCAGACCUUCUUCUACGGACCAUGGAGAGCUGCUGGAGUUCCUUAAGACCCUGCAAAGCUUGUUGAAGAAUGAGAAGAAUCAAGAAGAAAUGGUACUUCACUUCCUUCUGGAUCUGUCUAGUCAGUGUGGUGUCUCAUUUCCCUGUACUGCAAGUGGGACAUCUUUUGAGUUAACAUCUUCGCUUCAUACCGUUCAGGAUGAUUCAGCUGUGGAUGUGAAAUCUCUUUGGGACGAUGUGAGAUUGCAUCUUCGACAAUUUUUAGUAAAUAGACUGCAAAGUCAAGAAGAAACAAACACUAAUGCUUCUCAACAACAAAUGGAGUUUAAAACUCAGUGUGUACAGCAGCUUUUGUUUCUUUAUCCCAAAUCAGAAGUCUUAAUGAGGUAUCAAAAUAUGCAGAAUAAACUGGUUAGUGAUCUUCUACAAAACUGUAUUUUGUCUAGUUGUGGUGAAACAAAUUUUGAUAAGGUCGUUCAUGGUUACCAAAGUUCCAUACCCAGAUUGUGCACAAUGAUAAAAGAGGAUUUGUAUAUACUAAGUGGGACAAUUGGUCCAUCUUCAUCAUUAAAGUUUAUUAAUGAAACUUACCUGGAUACCAUCACUGAAGAAAUGACAGUUCUUCUUGAAAGACUUUGUGAACUGCAGUUCAAAGAAAAUGCUCUACACGUAGUUAAAGCAAACAAGAUUUCAAAGAAGCAUGGAGGAAGAGUUCACGCUGUGGCCUCCCAGGAAUACCAGAGGAAAGGACGGAACUUCUGCUUAACCUUAUAUCAACUCAAAUGUCUUUCUCAACUUAUCAAACUCUUCUUAUUAAUGGAGGAAAAAAUUGAAGAGGUCUCUACAGAAUUUCUGCUGCUGCCUUCAUUUACAGAGAGGAAUAAGAAUGUUCAAGGAGUUCUGAAGAGAGCUAGUGGGGAGCUUUUAAUAGGAGAAACUAGAGCAAAUGAAACCAGCGUGCUCCCUGAACAGUUACUUCAGGUAGAAGAGCCUAUUUUACUGAGUUUUGGCUGGAGAAAUGCAUUUAAAGACCUGUCUUCUUCUGUGGCUCACUGUAUAACAAUAGCAAUUGAGGAUUUUUCAUCUAAAAUUCUUCAACAUGAGCAGAAAGAAGAGUUUUCAGCUGCAGGCUGUGCAAUGAGUCUUGUAAACAACCAGCAAAUGAGGGAGUCCUGCAGAGCAGUCCAACAGGAGGAGCAACCAAAACGAAUUGCUAAGUUUUGUUCUGACAUCAUGGAAGAACUCGACACAUUGCUUCCAUUGGCUCUGGCCUGCAGAGAUGAUUCUCUUCAGGAAAUUAGAGCAAACUUUGUAGAGGCCUGCAGUAAAGUGGCAACAGCUGUUCUGGCAAGACUAGAGGAGAAAAGCAAAGACGUUCCAUUGAAGGCUCCUCUGCAAGAUUUGUAUGCUGCCCUUUCCACGGCGAUAUAUGUCUUUCAGCAUUUUACAAUGUACAGCAACUUAAUGAGAGAAACAAGCAAAAAACCCCUAUUCCUAGUGCCUAUCCAAAAAUGUCAGGAAUUCAUCAACAUUCUCCAGUUUCAAGUUACGAACUACUGCAUCAGAGUUUGUGCUACAAGCAUUUUACAGGAUGCUGAGAGCCACUGCUGGGAUGACUACAAAGCUUUUUACGAGGGGGAAAGAUGCUCAUUCUCUGUCCAAAUGUGGCAUUACUUCUGCUGUGCUCUUCAUCAUGAUCUAUGGACCAUUCUACCUCCAAAGACAGCCCAGGAGAUUCUUACAGAUGUACUAGAGCGAUCUUUGGAUAUUCUGUCCUCCAGAUAUUGUCAGGUGUGUCCCAGUUACAAAAGAACACCACAAAUCAGAAUUGAUAUUGCAGCAAUUUUGAUGUCCACUGAAGAUAUGCUCUGGUCAAUUUGUACUUCUGUGCAGGAGUUUCUGAAUCCACACAAAGACAGAAAUCUCAAGAUCUAUAAAAUACAUAGCCACUGCAAUAGUCUGAUCUCUGUGCUGGCUAUUUUAACUUCACCAUUGAAGAAUUUGUAUGAGACAUUUCUGAAUAAUUCUGAUGAACAUCUUCCUCAAGAUUUUUCAGAAGUCUUUUAUCAUCCAUUACACUGGUUAUUUUGCAUACCGUCAUCCUGUUUUUUCUUUCUAAAGACUCCAUCAGCCAGAGAAAUGGCAGCCCAAGGUCUGCUGAAGCUGCUCUUAUCCCAGCCAUACUGUAAUUUGAACUUGCUUUUGGAAACAUUGCUACACCAUGAUUGUCUCUUAGUGAAAAUUUUGCUGAAAAGCUCAAGUAAUCAAGCAUUAAAUUGUGCUGAACAAAGUUGUCUCUUGGAACAGGAAAAUAACAAAGAGCCUACUCUGAUUGAAACAAUCUUCACAGUAUUGUCUUACUGCACUUUAUCACCCAAAUCUCUUGGCAUUGCUUUUGAGUCCUACAUGGAGAAAGAGCUGCUGUGGAACUGCUUAUACAAUAUGACAGUUUCCAGUUGUGGUGAGUCGGAGCCAGAAGUUGUCAGAUGCUUGAAGUUGACUUUGAUUAAUUCAGUGAAGGGUAUAGUGAAACAAAUAAUUUCUUUGAUGCAUUCAUGGGAGGCAACAGAAAACUAUGGAACAUACCAGCACAAGCAAAUAGUUCCUGAAGGUUUACUGAAAACUGUUCCAAAGGAAUGGAAUUACACUCCUCGGGAAAUGAAGAGAAAAGAAUCUGGGAAAUGCUUCACAAGGCUUGCAGCUCAAGCAGUAUCUAUUGUAAUCAGCAAGUUACCUACAGUGAUUGCAUGUUUGCCUCCCCCAGUUAAAUACUUCUUUUUUCUGGCUGAGAGAAAAAUGUCAAGAAACUUUGCUGAAUUGAAGAAAGCUGGUCUGCUUGUCUGGAACUUGAUUGUAAUUAUAUGUCGGAUAUUUGAGGAUGGAAAUACUGCAGAAUUUUUAACAGGUGCAACACUUGACAGAUGGAGCAAAGAAAAACUCAGUUUAGUUCGUGUGUGCUUAGAAAGUAUUAUGGGAAAACAGAAAAGUGGUCCUAAGCAAGUGACCCAGAAGGUUAUACAAAGCAUUGAGCAGCAAAGACCAAACUGGAUUGAGAGCCAGUUGCUGAAGGCAAGAAAAUUGAGCAUAGACUGUGCCUCAGUCGCAGUUAAAGAUGCAACAUUAGAGGAAGGAGGUAUUGCACUUGGACUCUCUGAGCAUAAUAUAAACAUGAUGGUCCUGGAUAUCUGCCACAAACCAGGUGGUAGUGAGUACCUGAGGCAAAUUUAUCACAUCAUCCGGCUCAAUGAGGAAUAUUUGAAGGAGCAGCUGUCUUGUGAGAAUUCUUCUGAAGAUGGUGUUACCUCGAGUCAAUAUCUGCCUUUGACACUGAAGGGCAGAGAAGAACAGCCUGUCUUCAACCCUUUCCAGGUGUACAGACAAUCUUAUGCAAAAGUAUUCAAUCAGUCAGCCAUUACUGAAUGGAACUGGGAUUGGUCAAGCUUGCUGCCAGGUCACUUGGGACUGAAUCAGAUGGCCUUCAAGGUGCUGCUGUCACACAGGUGGGAGAUGAAAGAAGAUGCAGAUCUUGAAGAUGAGGAGGACAUUAUGGUGGAACACUUAAAAAAUGUUUAUUUGACACAAAGGACUCCUGUGUCAGAGGAUAAAGAAGAACAAUUACCUUGACAGGUUUUGGGUAGCACCUUUCUUCUGUAUUCAACAAGAUUAAGUUAAUGUCAUAACUCACAGCACUAGAAAGCUCAGAAAUAUGUAUCUUGAGUAAAAAGUUUUAAAUUAGAGAGUGUUCCCUUGUUAUUGUCUGGUCACCCUAUCCAGAAAGCAAUUGUUCACAUAUGCAUAAGGUGAGGAACAGUACAGGAAAGUGUCAGUGUCACAAACAAGGAGGUUGUACCUCAAUACUGCAGAGGCAAAAACCUGAAUGACAAACUAAGAAUUGUUUCAAAAAUACAAGAUUCACUCUGAAAAUAAUGCAAUUUUAGACACAAGCUAAGCAAAUGUUUCUGGUUUCCAUUCCCCACUUUGGAGUUGGAGACAGCCUGCCCUCAGUUUGUGUAACUCAAGGACAUUUUCCUUCCUUUGGUGCUUGUUUAUUACAUCACCCAAAAUACAUGAAAAAGGAAAGGUAUAGACUACAUAGCUACAGUCCUUUUUGAGUUGCUCUGGGAUGAGUAUGCUUGGCCAUUAUUCCAAAUCAAAAAUGCAUCAGCGUUACUGCAUUCACAAAUACUUACUUAACAUUCAGUGUAUUUUAUGGCUUAAAAAACACAUAUUAGGGAAAUUUUAGAAGAUUUGAGAACCAUCUUUUUAUUUAAAAUAAUUAUUUGCAUGCAGUGCUCACAGGAUUAUCUUAAAAGUGAAUUGAGAAAAUAAUAUUUUUUUAAUAAAUACAGUAAAAUUUAAUAUUCAAAGUAAUCCUGGUUUGAUAUUCAAAAUUUUCUGAAUAUUAUGUAUUUUUCUGAAUACUAAAUAUUUUUCUUACACACUGGUUAAAACUAUCAGCAUUUUUAAUACAGAAGGUCUGAUUAGUAUCUCUUAAGCUGUACAGAAAUAAUACAUAAUUUUUCUGUAAGUUUCCUUCUUUAGAAGUCCAAUGGAACUACUUUUUCUACCUGAUGAAGGACUCUGUCAGGAUCUUGCUAAGGGUGCAAUCUGAGCAGAGUUAUUUGUGUCCCUAGCAUAUCUUCACACAUAUGCUAUUACAGACAUAACUGAGACUACUUCAGUAGGAUGAAGGCAUGCUUUUUUCCCCUAAAGGUUUCAGCAACAUCAUGGGUAAUCAUAUUACUAAUGCUGAUUUAGGGUCUUAUCUGAAAUGCUGUUUUUCUCCUCUUAAUUGGUCUUUUUUCUUUUCAUAUAAAACAUCAGACCAUUUAAAAUUAAAAUGUGGACAAUUGCAUCUUACAAAUCUCCAAAGAUCCUGUUACAACACUGCAACACAAAAGGGCUGUGAGGCACUGUAGCUUAGAAAAUGCUAAAAAAAUUACUUAAAAAAAUGAAGCAGACAUUUUCCUCUGCUGCCAGUGUAGUAAUUUCAGAUCAUAAAGGAAGUGAUGAAGUGUGAAAACCAUUUAUCUUUGCUUUGUAUUUCACCUUUUAAAGAUUAGUGGUGGACUUCAGGUUUAAAACAUGUCUACAGGGAUCUUCCAUGAAAGUAGGUUUGGUAUUUUGACAGAUAAGGCAUACAUAUUCCAAGCCAUACAAAUAAUGUGUUAGUGUACAUGGAAAUUUGAGUUCAGAAUAUUCUCUGCUAUUUUAUCAAAAUCUAUUAUACAUAAUUAACUUUUUGUAUAGUCACAUAAACUGCCUAUGUGAUGAAACUGAUUGAAAUACUUCUUGUGAAAAUGCUCCCCUUCUGGGAAAUACCUACUCUAAAGAGGACAAAUUUUCCAAUGAAUAAGCUAAUUGAGAAUAAAACCCAUCACUUACAAUUAAGUGGGAAUAUCCUACAGUCACUUCCCUGGUCCUGUUGGCCACACAAUUUUGGAUAAAGGCUGAGAUAUCAUUGGCCUUCUCAGCUACUUGGGCAGACUCUGGUUCAUGUUCAGCUGGUUGUUGACCAGCAGUUUUUCUGCAGUGCCAUUUUCCAGUCACUCUGCUCCCAUACCUGUGGCAUUGAUUUGAGUUGUUGUGACCCAAGUACAAGUGUUGAUCCUCAUUCCACUGGCCUCAGCCCACUGACCCAGCUUGUCCUGAUCUGUUGUAAAGCCUUCCAACUCUCCAACAGGUCCACACUCCUGUUCAAUUUGGUGUCAUCUGUAAACUGACUGAGGAUGCCCUCUAGUCCCUGGUCCAAAUAAAGAUAAAAACAAAUUUAUAAAGAUAUUAAGCAGUAUUGUCUUCAAUACUGAGCCUUGGGGAAUCCCACUUUUGAUUGGCCAAUGACUAACAUGCAUAAGAACAUAACAGCAUAAAAGCUGAACCUUUGCACAGUAUUUUAUUUGGAUGCUUUUCCUACCCAAACCUAUAUGUGCAUCUUUUAUGGUAUCUGAGUGCAAACAAAUGUGUAUUUUAAAUUGUACUUGACCCACAAUCCUUACUGAGAAAUAUCAGAGCUGAGAAAUAUCAUACCGGGAAAUACCAGAUUAUUCCUCUUUGGUCUUGCUGACCAUGUAUCCAUUGCAAAUAACCCUUAGAGUAUAAAAGGGACAUCAUCUUGGCAAUAUUACUUAAUGCUGAAUACACACUUGUCGCAGACAUCUUUUUAUGAAAAUCCUUUUCUUGGGAUUUUUUCUUCCUGAGAAGCUGAGAGGCUUCAGGAACAAAAUGUAAACAAUGGUUAUCUGCUGCUGUGGAAUGCAUCAGGUGGAUUUUUGAUUGGCCCAUCUUGGAUGUUUAUAAUUAAUGGCCAAUCAAGGCCAAGCUGUCUCAGAGUCCGAGACAGCUGCCUUUUGUUAUCAUUCUUUCCUUUACAUUCUUAUCUUAGCUAGUCUUCUGAGAUGAAACUUUUCCUUCUAUUCUUUUUAGUAUAGUUUUAGUGUAAUGUAUAUCAUAAAAUAAUAAAUCAAGCCUUCUGAACAUGGAGUCAACAUUCUCGUCUCUUCCCCCACCUGAAAACCCCUGUGAUCACUGUUACACACACUUCUACAACAUUCAUAUUUAUUCAAUAAAAUUACAGUAAUAAGAAGAAUUUUACAGCUUGCUAAGUAACAUGCCAUUGAUUUGCAUGUUACAUUUGCAUUUACAUUUAAAGCAAAGACUGUUUGCUUUAAACGUAAACACUUAAUUGAAAAUUGAAAGAGCUGACUGUUUUUCCACUGUGUACAUGUAUUCCAUAGAUGCUUGUGUGUAAAAUUAGGAACACUUUUGUAACUGUAAGACCGCUGCUUUCUUUGGCUUUUCUUCAGAAAACAAUAGUUCUAUAUUCUUUAAAAAGUUUUGCUGAUUCUAAUAUUGAUUUAAUAUUAAAUUAAUUUUUAAGAAUGAUGCAAUGUCCUGGCUCUUUGACACUACUUAUUGAUCCAGGAAUGUCUCACAUGUAUGUUUAGCCUAAAUAAAUGAAAGCAACAGAACUCAGAUUUGUUUGCUACAGUGUGUGCCCCAAGUUUCAUGACUACUACAAUCUGAUUAUGUUAAUUGCUCCUGUAAAGUUGAUAAAAAAUAAAAACUAAAGUCUGUUGUGUACAACAGACCUUUCU